GAAACUUGAAACCUUAAAUGGCUUAAAUGGGUUAAAAAGUGAACCAAAACAAAAACAUGGAGAAAGCAGGGAAGGAAUCAAAGAAGCGAUUUGACUUUAAAUUAAUCAAAUUAGUGAAAGAAUAUCCGGCUCUUUACAAUAAAUAUCACGAGGACUUCCACAAUAAACUGAAGAAGGAUUGGUUGUGGCAAUCAAUUGGUCAAAAAUGCGGAAAGUCAGGUGAACGCUGCAGGGCACGUUUCCAGAAUCUAAGAAGCGACUUUGUGAAGAGAUACAGAAAAAGACAGUCGUCUUCAAAUGCUGAUAAUAAUACAGGGUCCACCAAAUGGCUUUUUUACAAUGACCUCCUCUUUCUCGCAGAUCAUCUCUGGCCAAUGAAGAAAUUGCGAUCAAGUGGAGAGAUUAAGAAGAAUGACACUGCCAAUAUGCCCAUGAAAGAUGAACCAGAGGAUGUGAAUCCAGAUGGUGAAAACUUCAGUGAAUUAAAUGGGAAUUGUGAUACCCAAGAAGAUCCUAUACGAAUGUCUCCUGUUCAACUGGACUUUGAAGAGUCACUAGAUGCAAAUGAGACUAGCAGAAUACUGAUGGUAGAAAAUCCAGGAGGAACUGAAUCUUCUGGAGUUGAUAAAGUACUUCAGUCUAUGAGCCAACUCAUAGACACCCUCCAAAAAACCGUACAAUGCAAGGAAGUGUCUCCCCAUAAACCAUUCCUGGACCUGAUUGAGAAGCAACUUUUGAAUGUUCCUCCGGACAAAUUAUUUGAUUUUCAAUUAGAAAUUUUGGGCCAUAUUAAUAAAAUGAUCAAGGAGUAUAGAAAAAAAUGAGCUGAAGCACUGCUGGAGCUGGAGAAUAUUGGGAGUUUUUGUUAUUGAGAAUCUUAUCUGUAAUGAUUAAAAUAAUAUUUUAUAAUUAAUAUAAAAAAAAAAAAUAUUUUCUUUUCCUUCGAAUAUCGAGCGGAUAAUAAAAAAAAAAAUGCUUUCUAA